AUGAUCUAUAACCACAGAAAUAUGAAUUAUGAUACCUUUGAAGAAAAUAUAUCCAAUGCGUUGGAGAGUAAUGAUAUACUUAGUGAAUCCAAAAAUUCUAUACUUAUGAAUUUGUGUUUGUCUUUAUUAAAUAUUGAUUUAAAUGUAGAAAAGCUCCUUCCAAAUACAAUAAUUGCUAAAUGUUUUCUGAGAGAUCAAUACAAUAAUUAUGAAACCAGUUAUCCUAAAGGGGACGAUAAUAUUACUUCGUUAUUAAAAGAGUGGAUAAAGAAAAAAACUCAGUAUAUAAUAAUCCAUAAUGGAACUCUUCAUAAUACUAAUAUUUCAUCGCCGACGAAAAUGGUUUUUUCUGUUUUUAUUUUGUUAAAGAUCGUUGUUUUACUCAUAUUUUUUAUUAUAUAUAAUGUAAUAUUAAAAAUUAUCAAUAUAUUUAUGAAGUAUUUAAAGAAAUUUAUCUUUAAAUUUAAUAAAUUUAAUAAUACAAGCUCUUUUAUAAUUAUUUAUUAUCUUUCUAUAUAUAUAAAAAAUGGAAAGAGUGAUAAGAAUUAUUCGAUUAUAUAUUUAGAUUUCAUUGGAUAUAUACAUGUUUUCCAUACAAAAAUAGAAUAUUUUUUAAAUAUAAAUAUUUAA